AUGUUCUGGGGUCGCCAGGAGAAGCUGUCCGAUGUCUGGCUUCAGCUUACGGCUCGCUAUCUCCGAAAUUUCGACCGAUUCCACUCUCGUCAUGCAUCCCCUCCCCCAGCCCCCGGGUGGCGCCCGUUCGCCUUGCGCCCGACCUAUCUCUCUAUACUCGCUCUUCUCAUGUUGACCAUGUUGGUGGUACUUGAGGCACUACGUCGUUAUACCGAUCGCUAUGGUGGCCUCGUCUUCUACCAGGAUACUGAGGACCUUUCCGACGCCGCCACAUUCGCCUACAACUACGUGCCCGUUAUCGUUGCCCUGAUACUCGUCACAUUCUGGUCUUUCAUCGACUUUGACGUUCUGCGCCUUGAGCCGUAUUUCCAACUUUCUCGCCCGGAGGGUACUCCAGCCACGACAUUGUUCAUCAAUUACAACUUCGGUCAAUCAUUUCUGACCCCACUAACUUCGGCCAAGAGGGGUCAUUGGGUUGUGUUGCUCGUAUCACUUCUCACAGUGUUGAUGCGGAUCUUCCUACCCGCUCUGCAAAGUGCGGUGUUUGAGUUGAGAGAAAUAAGCGUUUUGAGCGAUGAAACCAUGCGAACCUGGCCGGAUCUUGUGGACCUCGCCAGCCAGGCUCAGUGGAUUACUGCACAGGAAAAGAACAAUUGGGAUUUUUCGGCUCUCGCGUCGGGUGCCAGUUCCCUUCAGAAGACUCGCUCUGCCAAGUACGCCGUGGCUCCCGUCGAGAUUCCCACGGACGACUUCCGAGAAAGCACGGUGUGGACGUUGAACCAAACGAUAUACUGGUCGGAACUUUCUUGCCAGGAUGUCAUGGCGGAUAACAACCUGGAAGUUACUGCUAACGGGACGACGGACGAGCUGCCAAUCAUCUCAUGGAACGUCACGGGGGUCCAGCUUCAGCAACCCGGCCAGGGUCAACAGUGUACCCUGGAUUUUCAAUACAGCAACAUAUUCUUCCCUUCGAGUGAUUAUGUCCAGAUUCGCUACUGGGAGCCAGUCUGGACGGAUAACGCCUUCCAGUCAUUCACCACCCACGGUUGCAAACCGUUUGAUCUCUACGGCAUACUCAUUGCCGUCAACGCUACGCGCGCCGCGGACAAAGACGCGGAUGACAUGUCACUAUCUGGAGUCACAUUCGCAUCUUCGGCAACGCUUUUUGCCUGCAGUAUUGACUAUCGCAAGGCCGACGCAAAGCUCAGGCUUCAUGCUAACAGUUCCAUCACCUCGGUGGACAUACACCCCAACACUACCACCAAAUUGACCGACGAUCAGUUCAACAUUGACGAGUUUCAGGGCUUCUUGUCCCAUAGAGCCCCUUAUACCAGCGACAUGCUCUUCUUUCGGGUCAACGAAACCAGCGGCGUACGCGAAGUGACGGAGUUGCCGGUUAUUAGUCAAGAAAUAGGUGAUUUGGAGCCCGUGGUAGUACUGGAUUCAUCAGAUCUCAUGGCGAAAGAAGAGUUCGAAUCCAAGGUUACGCGGGUCGUUAGACAGACUUUUUUGCUUACCAUGGGCCGACUCUUCAAUCUUGACGAAGCCCCGGCCGUUGUACCGGCGACACGGCUCACGCGGCAAGUCACACUCGCGGUGGUCGAUUUCGCAGCAUUAUGGUCCGAGGUCAUUCUUGGGCUGGGCGUCGUCAUCACUUUAGGGCUGUUACGCGUGUACAAAAACCGGGAAAACGUCCUUCAAAGCGACCCGUGCUCCGUUGCAGCCAUGUGUAGCAUCGUCACUGACCUGUUCGGACCGUCCAACAUCCUAGCCGAUCCUCGGUUUGAGUUUCAUCAGUAUUCCACGCGACAACUCCGGCGACUUCUUCGGAAUUGUUGGUUGCGCUGGGAACCUGGCCCGGGCCCGAAUGGGAGACGCCUCGCGAUCGUCACCUCGGACGGCUCUCCGAUCCAGUUGGACGAGCAGCUGCGCAAGCGCGCUGAUCCUAUGCCACACUUUCUCGUGAUUCCCUUCUUUAUUAUCGAAUUCCUCUUGCUCGCCGCGGUGAUCACAGCCAUGAGCUUGGUCGUUGCUUCACUGACCCGGGAUGGCAAGUUCCGACAUCUUACACAGUCCGAUUCGAGCUUCUUUCAAGUGGUCCUAUCGGUUUUACCAUCCAUAGUUGCCUCGGCCGUUGGUUCUCUCUGCACCUCCAUCCACCGCAAUGUCAGUAUCCUUGAACCUUGGGUACACCUUCAGCGUGGCAGGGCUACGGCGAAGGCCUCGUUGUCAAUGAACUACUCAUCGCAGACGCCGUUGGCAGUGUUGGUGAAAGCCGUGCGAGACCGUCACAUUCUGUUGGUCUUGAUAUCUGUGGCAUGUGUGGCCAACACGGCUCUGACCGUGGUUGCUGGUGGCUUAUUCACACAACAGUUGACUAGCUCCUCUCUUCCUACCUCGUCACUUGUCACAAACUACAGCAAUGCUGUUUUUCAGCAAUCAGAUUUUGCAGCAGACUUUACUGAAUACGACAUCAUACAAACAAGUAUCACCACAGGGGUGUCGAUACUCCCCUGGACGAGUGCCAACCACUCUUUUGUUCCCAUCAUGAUCAAGGAUCCGGAUUCCGAUGCCCUAUACGGGGCCAACACGCUGGGCAUCGGAGCGGACCUGGCAUGUCAAGUGUUGUCGAUCACCGAUAGUCUGGUGGUGAAUCCGCAGAAUGGGUCUGCUUAUUGGGAAUAUCAGACGUUUGAUGAUCCCGAUAGGCACUGUAAAGUUGACAUGACCACGCUGCAGCAUCCGCAUGAGGACAUUACACUUUCCAUUCACUUUUUGUCUCCCGUGGUUACCGAAGAUGAUACCUAUGAUUGCCAGACAUCCACUGUGGUGGUGCUGGGCCGGUGGAAUUACACAGCCGAAUCACCUGUAACCGAAAAAAACACUAUUGCUUUGCACUGCGAACCCAGAAUCCGGCUGGAAAACUACUCGAUCGUUUUCGAUAGGAAAGGCCAGAUCCAAGAUUUGAGCCCCAUUGCCGGUACAGCCAUCACGUCUGGCCCCAUGUACGACAAUGCCACAAUCAGCUUGGGACAGUUCAACAAAGUCUUUGCCGCCAUCCCGCAGAGCUACAUCAGCAAUUCGACUUAUGAUCGUAAGUCAUACAUCACGUCGUACGACUGGGCUGGUUUCCUAGUUGCACGUAUGUACAGGCGUCGAGAACCGGGGUUUACGUCUCUUGACCCUGAUGACCUGAUGGACGUGUCCAAAACCGUCUACCAGUGGGUUUAUAGCACUUACUUUACUAUCUGGAGGGGGAUCUACCUCCAGCCGCUGGACAAACCGCAUACUGCUCCGAACUCGACGGUGAUCUACGAUACAUGGACCAUGGUGCCGUCCAUUCCCUCUCUAGCCAUAGCAUUGAUGAUCAUCGCCCUCGAUACCUUGAUCGUUCUCAUUGUCUUUGGCACACGUCGAGGCCGCUUCAAGGGACCGCGCGUGCCACGGUCCAUUGGCGCAGUGAUGCCCUGGAUUGCGCACAGUCGCAUGCUCGAGGAUUUCCGCGGCACCUAUUUUUGGACCAGCGUACAGAGACGGAUCCACCUCGACCGACUGAACAAGCGGUAUGGGUUCCGGAUGUUCCUCAAUGCGGAUGGUCACUGGCGCUAUGCGGUGGACGAGGAACCGCCAGAGGACAAAGCGGCAAGUGGAUUCGAAGAUCGGUUCAAGAUGUCUGGGGCUAUCCAGCUGCGUGAUUUAGGUACGGAUACUUCUGAUUCCAGCUCUGAAGUAAGUCCUGAGGCGACAGGCCCUGAGGUAACAAAACCGACGACCCGGGAGGUCGAUCGGCAGAAAUAA